CGCCCUUAUGAUCUCCUCUCUCUUUGAAAAUCAGACGGUUGUGAUGUAAAGUGAUCCGCCUAUUGUUCCAUGGCGUCCAUCCAUCGUGGGGAUGGCGAUGUUUUGAUUGUCUGUGAGUGGUGCAGCAAGAUUGGAGAUCGUUCUGAGAGGUUGGUUCCUUUCCGGUUGAUGAUGGGGAGCUCCCUUGCUCUCUAACUUGUCGGAUUCUGUUGCCGCCUGCUACCGGGCAAUGCGCGAACUUGUCUGCCUUUAGUGGGUUUUUUCGUCUCCCAAGCAAGCAGAGAACUGAGCGGUGGGGAGAUGACGUCGUCCGUUCUUUAUAGGAAGAUUGUCACGGGUUUGCUCAUCCAGAGAAUUCAUAAUCCAGAGGCCUUCUGUAGUUGGCAAGUUCUAUGGACCUGUGCCGCUUCAACCUCUUCUAAGUUCCAUGCAUCAUUCUUUUCAUCAAUAAAGUGCUUCGUGCUUCAUCUGAGCUGUUAUAGUUUGCCCAAAGGACCUGUUUCAAGCAUGAAAGAAAAUGUGUCACAUGAAAGGGACUAUAAAAAAUUAGCCUGGGUGGUGCAUUUGUGAAGGUACUCUCCUAGUGGAUUCAUGAAAAAGACGUUUAGAUAAAAGCAUCUGCGCGCUCCUGCUACCUGCAGGGAAGGUUUUUCUUUUCUCCCACACAGUGAAGUGUUUCAUUUCAUGUGAAAAUGAGCCAAUGGAUUUGUAUGCCAGCAGAUAUUAGUAAGAGCAAGGACCCUUAUGAUUUAUUGAUUACAGUUUCUAUGGGGCGUAGGCCUCCCAAAAGGUUAACAUUUAAGUUUCAAACUUCCAGAACUUUUCCUUCUGUUGGAUUAAGCUACCUUCCCUCCUCCAACCACAAGAAGACUGGGAAAUGGACAACAGUUACCUGUUCACUAUUGUAUCCUCCCUGUCUGGCAUUCAUUUGAAACUUGGUAUCACUUUCAGAUUGUUGACUGGAUGUAUUUGAUGUGUCCACCCCAUAGUUCACAUAUCACAGUAAUCUUCGUAAUGUUGGUUCAGAUCCUCCUCCAUGCAGGCAAAGGUAGGUCAGUACUGUAGUGGAUAUCAGUUGGAAGGACCAAGUAUUCAAGAAUAACCUUCUGCAUAAAUAUGUUAAUCUUAUUUCCAAUAUAUUUAGCCUAUAUAGCAUUCUCUGAAAUUGCCUUGAACUAGAUAGGCUAGGCUUUUGGAUAUGAUUUUAGAUGCAACUAUGUCCUAACAGUUACCACAAACUUAAUGCAGCAAGAGCCCAUGCAGCUUAACUGGAAACAGAAAAUCUUUACUCUUCCAAUAUCCUGGAACGGGCGUAGACCUCUGAUAACUCUGGUGAGAUCAGUCCUAGAUAAGCCCAAGUGUAGUAUUAAUAGCAAUGAGAAUGGAUCCACAGAACCUGCAAGAGUUCUUUUGGAGAAAUUGUUUUCACAAUCACUGAAGCUUGACAAACAAAUGAGUAAUGUCUUCCAAAUGGAUGAUAAUAUGGAUAUUAGUCUUCAAAUUCUUGAAGCUGAUCUCCAAGCAGCAUUAGUUGCUUUGAUGAAGAAAGAAGAGGACCUCCAAAAUGCAGAGAGAAUGGUGUUAUUGGACCGUGCUGAAUUAGAUCAUGCCCAGCAUGAACUAGAACGACGAGAGGAAGCAAUGGUUGCUGUACAAACUAGACAAUUAGAGCUGGAGGAAGAACUUAAGAAGGCCCAUAAUGAUUUAGCCUCUCAAGGAAGCCAGAUUGAAAAAUUGAAGCUUUUGUUGCGAGAGCGUGACAAGGAGAUGGUCAGCACCAAAUAUUCUCUUUCACGGAAGGAGGAAGAACUACAUAAAAUGAGAGAGGACUUGUACCUGAAAAACAUAGAAGCUGAAAAGAUUAGUUUGGAACUGCAGUCUAGAGAUCAGAUUCUGGGCGAAGCCAAUGAAGUUAUAAAGAAACAGAAGGUUGACAUUCAGGAACUCCAUAGUGUCAUUGGGGAGAAAGAGCUCAAGUUACUUCACUCCUUACAGCAAAAGAGGAAUCAAGAAGAGAUGCUAAGGGUUGCAGAGGCCAAACUAGAAGCACGAACUCUUGAAUGGUUAUGUAGACAAGAGGAACUCAAAAAACUUACAGAGGAAGUGGCCAACCAGAAGUAUAAAAUUAAGGGAACAGAAGCAGAGCUAGAACAAAUGAGAACAGUUCUUGCUACUAUAAGAUCUGAGCUAAUCGAUUCUCAAAAGUCUUUAGCUUUGUCACGAAAAACGCUGAACAAUCAAGAGCACCAGCUUGAGAAGCAAUUAGCUGAUAUGGAGGAGCAAAAGAUUGUCUUGAUGUCACACAAAGCAAGCCUGAAAAAUGCUCAGCUAGAAAUUGAAAAUGAAAAGAAUAAACUAGAAGCAGCUCGUGCCCGUAAUGCUGAACUUGAGAAACAGCUUGAUGCCAAGAAGGUGUUAGUAGCAGAGCUUCAGCAGGAUUUGGAUGCUAGGAAAUCUGCUCUGGAGUGUGCAUCAAUUGAAGUCCUGUCACUCAAGAAGGAGCUGGAGAAGAAAAUGUCAGAGUUCACUAUUUCUCAAGGCCUUCUUCAGGUUAAAGAAUCUGAGUUGGUGAAAGCUAAACUUGAAAUCGAGCGACUGAGAUCAGAUAAGAAGUCUAUUCAGCUUCUCUUGCAAGCAAAGGAUGCCAUUAUCCAAGCUACAGAGAGGAAAUUGUCUGAUGUGAAAGAAGAGCUGCAUGAGUUAAAGGAUCUGUUGAAAGGAAAAGAAGAUACACUUCUUCAGGCUACCACUAUGCUUCAGGAUAAAGACCAAUACAUACAUGCAAUGCAACUUGUACUAGAUGACACCAAACUAAACUACUCCGAAGCUGCAUCUAUUAUACAACGAAUUGCAAAUCUCACAAAUGUGCUGGUUGCUUCUGCAAAGAAAGAAAGAGAUGUUUCCUUCAGUGCAGAAAUUCAGGAAAAGCUGUUGACGGAGAAGGAGAUGAUUGUAUCACCAGUAGUGGAACAACCAAUGGAGGCUCUCAAUAGGCAAAAGCAGUUGGAAACAGAACUAGAAAUAACUAAAGAAUCUCUUAGGCUGAAAGAAAUAGAGUUAUUAACUGUACAGAGAACUCUCGCAAUAAAAGAUGCAGAGAUCAAAGCAGUACUUGAGAAAUGGACCUUGAAGGAAAGGGAACUUCAAAAAAUGGAAGAGGAAAUCAACGAGGAAGCCGAGAAUAUUAGAAGAGUACACAUUCUUGCACAGAAGAGAACUGGGGACAAGAGUGUCGACGAAUUUACAAUUGAAAGGCUUCAAGUUGAGGUUGCUCAGUUAGAAGUUCAAGCAGCAGUCAGUGCCCUUCAGAAACUUGCCAAUCUUAGUCAGGAGCUACUGAAAGCAAGCGAUACUUGUUUGAGCUUUGAGAUGGGGGCUUCCUUAGACCAAAAGAGUGAGACAUUAAAAGCAAAGAAGGGGGAGCCUUUUAACGAAACUAAGAGUGCCAUCGUCAGGCUUUUCUCUUUGACUGAGCAGCUUCUGGAAGAGGCAGGAAUUCAGAAAUGAAAAGCUACUUGUCUGCACCAAUGUAAAUAUCUAACACAUUCAUUGCUGCUUUCGCUGGCUGAUAAAAAUCACUGCUUGUACUCUUCUUUUCAGACAUAACAGUAUGAGCUGCGCAAACGUGUAAAGCUCAUGCAUUCAUCUAAAAUCCAUUAUCAUGUUAGAUGAUUGCUUCGGGUAACAGAGACCUGGAAUAUUGCAGUUUGAGAAUGCUUCUAGUUGUAUAGUUUAAUAUUUUUUCUUUUUCCUGUGUUUCUUGAAGAUUUUUCCAUGUACACUAGAAGUUGUUUAAAUGCAGCAAUUGUUAAGCGGAGGAGGAUUUUUUCCUUUUGGUGACAGUUGUAUCAAAUGUAUAUGCAGUCUUUGUGGGCUGGAAAGUGUGUUUGCCACUGAAUUGUCAGUUCAUAUUUCACCAUCAGUCGAAUUUUUCGGUUCAUUUUUUAGCACUGUAAAAUAUUUCUGUAAAACAAUGCUUACUGGCAAUUGAUAUGUUGGGAUGCCAAAUAGCCAGUCGACAAUUUAA